UUUUCAAGAUGCGGUGCCUGUCAGUAUUAUCUCCCAGUUACCAUUACAGUUACCGUGGUCUUCAGUGGAUCAACGGCUGAUUUGUAAUUAACGCUUAUUAGAAGAGUUACGACAGUUGGCCCUUACGUCACAUCCGCCUUCUAAUUUUCCCGGAAAUAAACCAAAAUAAAUAUGCUUCGCCUCACCGCACAAGUCUCAGCCGCUUGAUAAAGGUCUAAAUAAGCUUCCCUGCAGUUUUGAAUCGCGCUCGGCAGGAUGUCUUUCCCGUCACCUUUCGGUACUCAGGUCGCAGCCAUCAUGGACGUGUUGGCGAAAGCUGCGGCGGCCGAAAUAACGAAGCUGGUGGAGGACGGGACUGUGGUUCUGCGCCUGGAGAUGUGUCGGAGGGACAGUGAGAUUCAGGAGUUAAAAAGAAGUUUGAAGCUGAUGGAAAUUGAACUCUGCAAAGCGCAAGAGGCAGCCACGAGUCGAUCCCCUGAGGAGAAACGUGAGCAAACAGCAGCCGGGAAUCGUGUCUCACAAAAAGACGAAACAGAAGACCAGGAAACGUGUGCGCCGUAUCUGGAACCACAGACUGCUGAUUCAUUCUGCGAGACUCUGCACGGGACAGAGGAGAGCCACGACAUGAGGCCAGUGGUGAAGCACGAGCCGGCGGACGAACUUGCCACGCAGAAAAUAACAGACAACACUGCAACAGCAGACGUUUGCUUUGAGGCCAGAGACAACCAGACGAUCUGGCCUCCGUCUGCUUGUAGCAUGUUUGACAAAAGCUCUGUUGCAGUGCAGCAGCACAUACAGAUUUUCUCCCCUCACGCUGAGCAAUAUGUUGCUCACACAGAAAGUUCCCAUCACUCUUUAUCAGCUGACGCAGAGGAGAUCACAAGUGAUUCCUUAAGUGUGCCGAUAAAAAUAGAGGUGGAGAUUCGACCUGUGGGCCCGGUAAGUCCCGCUUCAGAGUCUCUUCACGAUGAACAGUUCAGACGUGCUUCACACCCUGGAGUCGGUCAGGACCAGUGUUUGCAGUCUGCGCCUCGACAGGCCGGGCCAUCGCUGUUCCUGAGGUCCACAGCAGAUACUCCAAUCACAGAGGAUCACGUAAUGAGUAGAAACAACCUGAGAGCAAAACGGCUGAUGAAUGUCUGGAGAACAAAUCAGAAACUGUUCAUCUGCUCGUUCUGCAACAAGGGGUUCCCUCGCCUGUCUCAGCUGGAGGAGCACAAGGCCACCCACCAACCCUUCAAACCUUUCAGGUGCCUCGAAUGCGGGAAAUCGUUCACCCAGAAAACCCGUCUGAAGACGCACCGAAGUGUGCACACGGGCGAGAGGCCGUUUAGCUGCAAAAUCUGUGGCAAGAUGUUUUCAAGGCAGGACAACUGCCUGAGACACGAGCGCUUCCACAGCGGGCUGAAGCCGUACAGCUGCGGGCAGUGCGGUAAAAGCUUCACUGUGCUCAGCAACCUUAAAAUACAUCAGGAGAUUCACCUGGAGGGAAAAAGUUUAGGCUGCCCUGUCACUUGCUCUGGCUUUUUAACAAUGUUGAGCAGCGCUGCUCUGCGGGCUCAGAUUGCCUCUGUGAUCGAUGCCUUGUCCAAAGCAGCCGUGGCAGAGAUCGCCAAAGUUGUGGAAGAUGGCAUGGUCGUGCUGCGGCUGGAGAUGUGCCAGCGCGACAGUGAGAUCAAGAAGCUGAAGGGCAACAUCGAGGUCCUGCACAACGAGCUGAGGUCAGCGCAGGAGAGGGUGAACCUGCGUCCUGACAGCCGUGGCAGAGAGGGUAGUCAAAGUGACCUGGAGAGGACCUUGCUCGAAAAGGUGCACGUCAACGAGGACCAAAACAACCCGUCCGUGCCGGAGGUGCAGGUGAAAUGUGAGCCUAUGGACGAAGGAAGCGAAGACGCCGGAGGACAUCCAGAACAACCGGCCUUGUAUGAAAGGGACGGCGUGCAGUGGAGACCAACCACUCAAACUCAGACAGGAGGCAGCAACUCCGAUUAUUUAAAUUUAGGGCAGAACUCCUUGUUGUGUCUUCCUGAGUCCUCUCUGGACACCAGACUUGCUGCACCCUGCAGCAGCGCCGGUGGGUUCCAGCAGAGCCCGUUCGGCCGCGGGCUGCUUGGUUCCGGUCUGUAUCGUAGCCCGUACAACGCGGUGCGGAGGAGGACGGUGAAGAGGCUAAUGUUUAAGAAAGGCUUCAUCUGUCCUUACUGCGGCAAAAGCUUUGAGCGUGCCGGGCACCUCGAGAGGCACAAAAGGAUUCAUACCGGUGAGAAACCGUAUCGGUGUGAGAUAUGUGGGAGACGUUUCAAUCAGAAAUGCAGCCUGAAGGAGCACAUGAAGAUUCACAGAAGAUGUAUUCAGCCCAGACCACUUGAGAUCCGAAUGAGUGAACAGAAGCAGAUUCCCGAGGUGAAGGAAGAGGGUCAGGUGAAAGCUGAGGAUGGCCUACCUAAGAACGAGGACGUUCUUAUGACGACAGCCGUACACGUCAAAACCGAGCCCACCGAGGAGAAUAUCACGCCACCGCUGAUUCAUGGAGGGAGCAAACAGACAUCGGAGGGAGUCGACAACCUCAGCGAGAGCUUUGCGACAUUUGAGGGAGACAGUCAGCAGUGGAUGUCCAGAUUACAAGGACAAAGCAAUCCAGAGGCCAGCAGCACAGAGUAUCUCGGCAGCUCAGUGCAGAGCAUGACGUCCUUCCCCGGCAUGGCUCAGUUACUCCCGCCGCCAGUCGAAGCGUCUCUUAGCACGUUUUCCUUUCCGGGGAAACCGUACGGGGAACUUCAAAACAGCAUGAUCUCCCAAACACCGUUUGGAUCGUCAGAUACACUGAUGAUAUCAGGUGAAGCAGGCCUGCAUGGUGUGCCGGGAGCCGCGCUGAAUCACCACCAGCAGAGAGCGAGCAGGUCUUUUCAGGUCAUCAAGCCGAAGAAGUGCUUCGCCUGCUCGUACUGUGGCAAGGUCUUCGAGCGCCACGGCCACCUCGAAAGACAUUUACGAAUUCACACGGGGGAGAAGCCGUACGGCUGCCAUAUCUGCGGGAGGUGCUUCAAUCAGAAGAGCAGCCUCAAGGGCCACAUGAAGACGCACAGAAACGGCGAGAACACGGAGAUGCUGGAGGCGCAUCACCUGAUGUUUACAAUGCCUGAUAAUCAACGGCUGAAGAGUCUGGCAGAAACCAAGACUGGACUGGCAGCUUUGGAAGAACACUUGCCAGGUUCCACAUACAGCGAGCCGGUUAGUGAGCAAACAGUGAUGGUAAAGCUGGAGCCGAAUGGGGAGGACUUUCAGACUCUAAGUCAGGCAGGGACUGAUAACGUCACAGGGGCAGCAGACCAAAGUCAGCUGUGGACCUCUGGGGUGGAGAAGGGCGGUGAGGCUGCCGAACAAAAACUCUGUGUACUGUUACCUGAUGUCAAGUAUCCCCUCAGUCCUGCUGCUGAGGCGGCCAAUGAGCAACAGGGUUACCCCUCACCAAUCAAGGAUCUGCCGUUUCUAAACCACAAAGAAAAUGAAGGAAUGACGACCGGUGAUCAGUAUUCAGUGGUAGGAAUACAAUCAACAAACGCUGACAUGACUCUAGCAGCCGAGCUGCAAGAUCAACAUAUUACACACGAGGCGGCCGCCACUGAGUACACUGCACUGUGCGACAGGACUCACGACGUGGGCGUGUUUGAAUUCAGCGUGACCACCUCAGGGGACCAUGAGGACGACCGGGGCGAGGACGCUGCCAGGCAAAAUUCCUUUAUAUGCUCAGCUUGUGGUCAAAGCUUUGACAGUUUCAGUUUGUUUCAGAGACACCAGUGUAAAAACACUACGGAGCCAUCCUUCGGCUGCAAGAUAUGCGGUAAAACGUUUAAUCAGAUGAACAUCCUAAAACAGCACCUUAAACUGCACGUAGAGUAAAGUCACAUGCGAUGGGCACAGAAAGGAAAAACACCUUAAUAAGCCUUUAUGGCCGUCAGUCCUAACAAAAGGCCAAGUGGACGAGUUACUUUCUCACGGUCGUCAAAUCGAUGUCACAAAACGUCCAAAAGCUAAAGUCGAGGAACAAAAAGAAGUAGUUUUCUUUCUGCAGCACUGAUCGAGUACAAUCUUAUUUUCAUUAGCGUCUGUCACAUUUCGAGUACUUUGCACAAAAUGUUGUCCUGCUACUUUGACGUACUCGAACCCCUCACUUCUAGAUUUUUAUUUUUAAGAUGACUGAGCGUUGUUGGUGUGGAUGGUGAACACUGUUGUUGCUUGAAACUGGUCAGAUCUGGCCUUCGGAGCGGCUUUAGUCAUGACUUAAUUACUGUAAGGAGAAACCAAACAUUGUCGAGUGUCUCAAGCGACAGUUGAAGCUGUCCAGUUUUCUGACCUACAGCCAAAGCGGUUACUCGAACUCAUCACUACUUUCACUCUUUUAAUGGCACUCGGCUGUCUUUAACAGUCCGGGUAAAGCCAAACCUUUUUGUUCUGUACCAGAAGUUCAUGUAGAACCACACUGUGAUUCUGUGUUGUUUUUGUUAUGUUUACUUUAUUUAAAAACGGUGUCCUUUGAAUUACAAGCAGUCCAUAAGAAAUUUGCACUGUAGUUUAAUUUCCUAAUGGGAAAUGGAUCAACGCGCCCAUUAUCAUCCAGGAUGUGCUGUCAGAAUGUUUUUCCUUCUUUAGUGCGCCGUGGAGUUUGAUCACACAUGCAAAAACGUACUUUUUGGCCAUUAGAACGAAUUACAGUAUGGAAAGUUGAUGUAUGUUGCAUAUGAUCUACAUCAGAAAAAAAAUCAGUCUCUGAAAUCAGUUCUUGUCUAAUCAUAUUAGACAAGAACUCACUUUUGUAAUGUGGACCUACAUCAGUACUCUGUACAUUAAAAGAAGGCAAAACUCUGCUGUGAGGAUACUACUCACCGUAAGCCAUGAUUUGAGGCCACUGUUAAAAGAUAUUCUUAUCUAUCUUAUCGUGUCUCCAUCUUAAGUUGAAGCAAACAAGCUCUCGUACAGGAAUUGUAUACCUCGCAUGUCCUGAUGAUGUUAGCGCUAUGUGCUCUUGGUUUGGUCUUUUGAGAAAAAAAAAGGUUACAUUUAAGCCAAAUUCUUAGAUUUUUGGGUCAGGCCAAGAUUUCAAAUACACCAGAAGUCCCAUUAACCAAAAAGGCUGAACACCGACACGGUACAACAAACCGUUUAUGCUGAGUCUUAUGCACUGUGUGUAACUAAAGAAGUGUGAAAUACCUCAGUGAUACACAGGGUCGCCAUUAGUCGUCACCAGUUUUGAAAAGUGAAGCAUCUCUUUGGUUAUGCUGUUACCUUUAGUUGAUAUUUAUUUUGAGGAGAAUAUUUCGAUGAAGUACGCCCUGGGUAAAUGACACUGGCUAUUAGAAAGAACAAAUUGCACAGCCUGUGUUCAUCAUUGCCGACGGUCAUUAAACAGGUUGAGUAAAUAGUGUUUUGAAUUGUUCUGAAUGAACGGUGCAGUUUGUGUUUGUUCUGAGCAGGUGGCAGGACUCGAAAAGGUCGUUGAAAAUAGUUUGCUAAAACUGUCUCUGCAGGUGAGUCCCACAGAGCACCUUUCUCGGGCCUCUUGGUGUUACGAUGUGCUGAGUGUCCACGUUUCUCGCACGGGAGUGAACUCCCCAAGACGACCACUGCAGUGUUGUGCGUUUCCUAUGACUGCAUCACAAAGUCACCUUCCUGUGAUUUGUUUUCUUUUUCCCCUGAGUGUUUCCAAUCUGUUUUAAUUCAGUCAGUGUGAUGCACAGUUGUAGCAUUUUUCACAGGUGUCACGCUGACCCCCACAGAGUUUAUCACAUUACACGAGAUGUUGGAUCAUGUUUGGAAAUAUGAAUAUAACAGGAGGGGAAAAAAGUCAAACUUCUUUGGUAAGCUUUUUGUAUUUUCAAGUAAAUUAAAGACUAAGUUGAUCAAA